UUAACUUAAAAUAUUUUACAAAAUUUAUAUUUUUUCAGUGAUCGAUUAUUGAGUGCUGUGUCACGUUAUAAAUAUUAGAUCUAUGUCCGUUAUAAUGACUUUUUUUAAAACAUUUCAUUAUUAUUGGACAGAAAUGGCCGAUCAAAGAACAAACAAUUGGCUAUUUAUUAAUUCUAUAUAUCAAGUACCGUUUCUAUUAAUUGCUUAUCUAUACUUUGUCCUACGAUGCGGGCCUCAGUACAUGAAGAAUCGAUCAUCAUAUUCGCUAAAAACUUUCAUGAAAUUUUACAACAUUUUUCAAAUAAUUGCGAAUGUAUGGUUAGUUUAUGAACAUAUCGCCGCGGGUUGGUUCACGGAAAUACCUUUAACUUGCGUGCCGAUUGAUUAUUCAUACAAGCCUGGUCCUUACAGAUUGGCUAGGACUAUGUGGUGGUUAUUCCUCUUAAAGCUGGUUGAUCUCAUCGAAACAGUCGUAUACGUAUUAAGAAAGAAACAGAACCAGAUUUCAUUUCUACACGUGUAUCAUCACGUGUCCAACUGUGUGUUUAGCUGGAUUUACACAAAAUAUGUCGCUGGUGGAAUGACGACUUUCAACAGCUUGCUCAAUUGCUCUGUACACGUUCUAAUGUACACUUACUAUUUGCUCGCUACAUUUGGACCGACUGUACGGAAAGUGAUUAAUCCGAUAAAGCCGUACAUAACUAUUCUACAAAUGGUACAAUUUAUCGUAUUGAUAAUUUACUUAAUUCAAACAUUAUUCCCGAGUUGUCCAGUACCGAGUGUUUUCGGACCUGUUUUCAUCGGAAAUUUGAUAGCAAAUCUAUUCUUAUUUUACAAAUUCUAUAGGAAUCGUUAUAUAAAAUCUAAGAAUAUGUAAUAC